GUAAUCGCGAUCGAUGCACUCCGGGCUGCCGUGCGCCACCUUUUAUCAACUGUGGGCAACUGCCUACCUUAGGGGGGCACGCACAUUUGUAUGAGUACUCUUCUAGUACUGCACCGUUGAGCACUAAGUCUGUGCCUACGGAGCAGCUAGUGACGUAUUAAAUAGUGAUAAAGUGGAAAAUUGGUGAACCGCGGUCGUGGGAGGAUGGAUUCGGUGGCUCCUAUGCAAAUAAAUUACGAGGUCAGUGACCGUAGUAUAGACACGUGUUGUAAUUCACGUGCAGUAACAAAGAAAGUACGCUGGUUGGGUUUGAGAUGGCGACUGGCGUAGCGUUAAAGCGGACAGUGAGAAAAACGCUACAGUCUUAGAGCGGCUUAGAGUAAAUAUGUGGUCGUGAUAGUGUCGAUAUUGAUCAGUUGGCUCGGCACUUGGUGACGGGCCGCGCGCUCGUCGUGCUCCGUCGUGCGUUUCCGUAGCCCCUCGGCGUCUAUGUAGGUCACACGUGUAAGCGUUAUCCCCACCAGACCGGCCUUGGCUUACUUUGGACUAAAUGGCAUAUCACCUCCCCUUCUCCUUGGGCUCCGCGGGCCCAAACCUCGAGGCCGGCGCGCGGCUCGCUGCGUGCUACCAGCUCUAGCUACUAUACUAUACUGCUCUACCUCGGGAUGUGCGUCUACAAUAACUUCCUAAUAAAUAAAAAUAUGACCUGGAAUAUACAUUUUGUUAGCAGGCCACACAUUCCUAAAAAGGUUUACCAAAUUACCAUAUACAUAAUAAUAUUUCCCUUGUUAAAAAUAAAAAACACGCGAAACAAUAUUAAAAUAUUUGGGAUUUUUUUUAAAUAAUAAUUCAAAAGUUAAUUAUUUUAGUUAUAAAAAUAAAAUAUUAACAAUAAUUUAUUAUGAAAAUAAUAUUGUAAAUGAAGUUACUAAGUUGCAUGAUAGGAAUAAAAGGGACAAAGAGCGCGACGUAUAGACACACCUCCAUCUAUCACAAUAGGAUAUGAACAUAAUAUUAGGUUAACUAAUAAAAUGUAGAUCCCAUUUUUCGGUAGUAAAGGAUAAAAGGGAGACCGCCGCCAUUUUUCGAUCGAUAUAAUUUUCAGCGAGGGAAGUGCUGAGAUUGGUCCGGCAAACGCUGCAAAGCGCAUGUCACGAGCGGCUGCGCGGCGGACGUGACGCGGUGUUAACGAUCCAAGUCAGUAUUUGCGACGCCGGGUAGCCCAUCGCGGCCCCAUCGAAUAAAACACGCUGCUUAUUAUGAAAACAGUAUUUCGGCCUCGUUGUAUCUAGGACGGCACCCGAAAUAACUAGGGCACCGUAAUGCGCAGCUACUAACGCAACUCAUAGCUGGCGUUACAAGGUGGCCAAAACAUUAAGAACCGCGAGAAGCAGCGUCGCGCGAUGCUUUGGACCCAUCUUAAACAGCGAUCGGCGCGCGCACAGGGGCAACGGGGAUCAACUUAAACUGGUGGAAGCGGAUACACCAAAUCUUGGCCCAAACCCUUAGGCCAUAGUCUUGCUGAGGUACCUUCCUACUUGUUGCCAAGAUGGCCGCCCGAAACCCUGAACAGAAUCAGCCUAGCACAUUGGGCACGAGGAGACCACUCAACCCUGAUGAUGAUUUUUACGAGUUCUUUUUGCUGAGCAUUUGUCCCUGCGAAGAAGAAAGUAUACAACCCCCUAUUGUGACGUAUAAUAUUCCAGGCGAUAAGGUUCAAUAUGAAGGAGCGUUUAACCCAGACGUCUUCGUAGAUGCUGCUAAAAGUGCGGACAAAUUGGUCCAACAAGAUAUUGAGCGCGCCGAACAGCAAACUAGCGACGAUGACUUUUCGGAUACUGAACCUGAGACAGCUGAAAUCGAGAUAGCUAGAGUCAACAUAGCUGAAGUGAAAACGGCUGAAGUAGAGACGGCAGAAAUCGAAGCGGCUGAAGCCAAAACAGCUGAAGUCGAAACGGCGGAACACGAAACGUCUCAAGUCGAUGACAGUGUUGCAGGGCCAAGCCGCCUCAAGCAGAAAGAUGCAGCGAGCAAAGCACCUGAUGCAAUAACCGACUUAAAAUACAGUGACGAGCCCCUGGAUGAGGAACCACAGAUUUUGCUCGAAAAACUUAUCGAAUCAACGGCAAGUCAAGAAUCGAAAGGAAAUGUGGACUUAGUAUUAAACGAGGAAGAUGAAAAAAAUACCAAAGAGAUUUACUGA